UUAACGACUUCCUGUCCGACCCAUGUACAUAAACAGCCAGAUGGGAGCAGUGCAGGAGUGGGUUGCCAUUCAUAAACGGCGCCCGCACUUCCAAACUGUGCGCGCUCCCUGGGAGCACGCGGAACCACGAUCCGGUGCCCGGUGUGAGGUUCCGAUUCAUGUGAUCACUGAUUGGCCAAUCAGUGAUCACAUGAAUAGUAAUGAGCAAUAUGUCACUUCUGACAUCAUUGCUUACUACUUGUGAAAUAUGUGAAUGAUCACAGAGGUCACAUGCCGUAUACCAUGUGACAAGCUGUGACCAAUCACAGCUCUCACA